AUGCAAAAAUGUAGUUUAGCCAAAAAACUAGGGAAAUAUAAUGAUGCCAAGAGCUAUGUAAUCACAAAAGGGAACGAUUCAUAUGAAAAAGAAGCCAGCUCGCGUCAUCUAGCUACUAUUCAACUAAAUGAGAGUAAUAAGGAUUCAGAACAAAUAAAUAAUACUUCAAAUUCAAUAACAUCUUACAAACAUGUUAUCCAAAAACUUUCUGAAUCCAGUAACGAAAUAAGUUUGCCUAUUUCUAAUGUUGAACAUGAUGCCAUAAUAAGUUUUGUAUCGGAUGCUAUGUCAUUUCUAACUUCUUUGGAAGUUAAUACGAAUAUUGAUCCAGAAGAAAAAUUAAAACUGUCUAGAAUGUAUACUUUAGUGCAAGCGCCCAAUGAAAAUCUAAUAAAUGAAAUUCGGAACUACAAAAUCACAACGGAUAAAGUUGAAGUGAUGAUUACAAAUCUACAUAUUCUUCAAAAUUUUUCAGAUGUAACAGAUACAAGUGUAGAUGGAAACGUUUCUUUGGACCCAACACUGGAUUUGUAACCAUCAAAGUAUAAUAAAUUUUUUUCUUUUAAUUAUAUUAAUUCUUGCAUGUCAGUAAGUAAUUGCUGAGAUGUAUCUAAUUUAUUGUCCAAAUUUAGUUUUAAAAGCAAAAGUUGAGGAUCAACUAUAUCCUGGACAAAUUUAUAAAGAUUAUUGACAUUUUUAAUUUUAAUUUUAUUGCUAUUUUUGUAAUGAGUUUUUUAUUUAUAUUUACUCACCUUGAAAUGAGUUUGUACGGGUGCAGGAGACAUGUAAGUCGACUCUUUUACUUGAUUGUGAUAUGAGUCAUUUGUUAUAUCUUUUUCUGAUUUUUCAACCUGAUAUACUCUCAAUGAUAAUCUUUCUCUAAAACAAAAAUUGUAGUUAAUAUUUUUUUAUUGUAUUUAAAUUUUGUACAUAUGAUAAAAUAAUUGUAAUUAAAACUAAAUUAAU